CUUGAAUCGUCUCACUUCUCAUCUUCGUUUUCUUUUCCUCAUUUCAUCAGGCUCUGUUUCUUUUUUAACAAACAGAGGAACCACCUCUAAAUUUGGACUUUUCCAUUCAAAGCUUUCUCAUUUGUCUAAUUUUAGAAUAAUAAUAAAACAAACAAAAAGGUUGUCCUUUGUGUUUUUUCAAAUUCCAUUUUCCUUUCGUUUAUGAUCUGUUCAAGCAGCAAAGGAACGAUCUUAAUAUACAGAAGAAAAGAUUCAACCUUUAGAUUACCCGUUACAGAGGAAAAGACUCGAAACAAUAAUCUUCCGAUCACUGUCACAACUUUCCGACCAUCAUCAAUGGCGGUGGAAACAAUGUCGGAUACGUCAACUCUGCUUCUAACGUCGGGAGCAAGCGGCCGCGUCAGGGCCCUCUUCUCCAUGCGAGAGCUCAGGCGCCUCGUCACCAUCAUCCACUCCCUCAUCCUCUUCAUCCUCCUCCCGUUCCGCGUCGUCGUCUGGCGGCGGAGGACCGGGGCGGUGGUCAUCAGGGACGAGAAACAGGAGAGGAAGGUGUGGUCUCCGCCUCAGAUCGUGGUGAGGAAGAGGAGCGUCGGAGGAGGAAGCGAGAGCGGGUGCAGCGUCACGCCUCCGUCGGUUCCGGCGGCGGUGGUGGACGAGGAGGUCGCGGUUAGGAGGGAGCUCGCGGUGAGGCGGGUUUUGGAGGAUGACGGCGGAGAUGGAAGCUCGGUUAGAGAGUUUUCGCUUUUCACGACGAGGAGAGGCGAUACGCUGUUUACUCAGUCGUGGUCACCUGUUUCCCUUAAUCACAGAGGAGUUAUUGUUCUGCUGCAUGGACUAAAUGAGCAUAGUGGAAGGUAUAGUGAUUUUGCAAAGCAGCUAAAUUCUAAUGGGUUCAAGGUCUACGGAAUCGAUUGGAUUGGUCAUGGUGGAAGCGAUGGACUUCAUGCUUAUGUUCCUUCCCUUGAUUACGCUGUUGAUGAUUUGAAAUUAUUUCUUGAAAAAGUUUUCACGGAGAAUCCAGGACUUCCCUGUUUCUGCAUUGGACAUUCAACAGGAGGAGCAAUCAUCCUCAAGGCUAUGCUAGAUCCAAAGAUCGAGUCUCGAGUUUCAGGCAUUGUGCUGACUUCACCUGCUGUUGGAGUCCAACCAUCCCAUCCAAUCUUCACUGUUCUUGCUCCAAUAGUUGCGUUCCUCUUGCCAAGGUACCAAUUCAGUGCAGCAAACAAGAAAGGAAUGCCAGUUUCUCGUGAUCCACAAGCUCUCGUCACCAAAUACUCUGACCCGUUAGUCUUCACCGGAUCCAUCCGGGUUAAAACCGGCUACGAGAUCCUUAGAAUCGCUGCUCACUUGCAACAAAACUUGAACAAAGUGAAAGUCCCUUUUCUUGUCAUGCACGGUACAGCUGACACAGUGACUGAUCCCAAUGCCUCUAAGAGGCUCUACGAAGAAGCUUCUUCUUCAGAUAAAUCAAUCAAGCUCUUUGACGGACUGUUGCACGAUCUUCUCUUUGAACCUGAGCGAGAAAUCAUUGCUGGUGUCAUAUUAGAUUGGCUAAACCAGCGGGUUUAGAGCUCUUCCAUAACCAACAAUUACUAUCAUGUCUAAUCAAGUUUUAUUUCUUGAUUAAGACAAAAGAAAUAAAUGUAUUUUUGCGGAAACUUCUGAGUAAAUUAACUGAGAAUCGUGAGGGAGAAAGACUUAAAAAGAGUUCUUGGUUGAUUUAGCUACUUCUUGAUUGGUUUUUGUCAACUCAAGAAUUGGAAAGAAGAGAAAAAGAUAGGGAGACUUGUACUCUCUUGUGGUUCAUUGGUCUCUCAGAUCAUUUUGACCCUGGUGUAUUUUCAUAAAUCAAAUAAUUUUGUAACAUCGGAUUUUAAUGUUUUAUCUAUGUUGGUGGGAAUCUACUGCAUGUUUCGAAAAUUUCUGCUUGUAAAUAUUUUUCUCAAGUUUAUGACGUUUUGUUGUGUGACUUCAGCA